AUGGAAGCAAUCUCUGAGGAAAAACCUGCCGAUGAGGGUAAGCGGCGUAGCCUAGCUGUCAAGAAGUACGACUUCGGAGCGAUAAGCGAUGCUGUUAUCAAAGACAUUGAGGGGAAAAUGAACUACAGAGUGAACCGCUUGUUACGCGUGAUGGUGGACCUUCUUCAUCCCGAUGCAAGGUCUUUAUUAGACUGUAUUGGAGUUUCUUGUGAAGAAUUCUAUCGACUCUGCUCCCGAUUUGCCAAGGUUGACUUCAGUAGCGCAAGAGACCUAGACAUCACCAGUGUCGACGAGGACCUUUUGCAGCGACUUUAUGAGCGUAUCAUAGGAGCUUGGUUGGGUCUGUCGUUCAAUACUGUUCCACUGUUAUCUGAGAAAGCGCUGUUGGCUGACAAUUUGAUCAAUUUUAGUCGUCUAGAUUUGGACAUCUUCCAGGCUGAGGGCAUUGAUCCUCAUAAGGAGCUCGCCAUGAUUUUUGACGUUGCUGAUGAUUUUCGUAAUGUCCCAGAGCUCCAUACAAAAAGAUACGCCUGGUUGAUGUUACGAGAAUCGAUGAAUUCUGGUUUUGGCGAGGUUGGAGCGUCGUGGCUGUCGGGAACGGUCCAUCGCGGACGUGAUGCAAUGAGCGUGUUGGAGCUGCGAUGGUUGCUGAGUGGUGUGGCCGGCAGUGUUUUCUCUUAG